AUGGCGGAUAAUGUCGAAGGAGUGGAAGAGCUCAGAAGACUGACGGUUGAAAGGAUUGAUCAUGUUUAUUCUACUUUAAUGAAUAAUGCCGUAGAUAUAAACGACGUUCUCGAAGACGUAGAACAAAUUUUCGAAGCCCUUUAUGUCAUAGAUUCCGUGGUAGGACUGUCAGAAGAUAUUUUUCGUGACAUUUUAUCUGCAAAAGGAAUACUAGAAAACAUUUCAAGGUCUAGAACCACAAGAAUCUUCAGCGGGGCGCCUGGACGGCCAUCAUACGAUGUAGCACAAGACCAACUUCAGGCACUUAUAGACGUGGGUUUUAAUGUCGGCCAAAUCGCCGAAUUGCUACAAGUUUCCAAAAGGACAAUUGAACGUCGCCUUGCAGAAUAUGGUAUAUCAACGCGAUCGUAUUGUGACAUCGCCAAUGACGAGUUGGACGCGAUAGUUCAGGAGAUAAAGCUAUUUCACCCUAAUGUUGGUUCCAAGAACCUCGCUGGUUAUUUAGCUGCACGCAACAUAAGAAUUCCUAGACAACGAAUCAGAGACUCCUUGCAAAGGGUCGACCCCCUUGGCGUUGCUGCUAGGAAGUGUAAAGCCAUUCAUCGUCGUGUGUAUAGUGUUUCUCGCCCCUUAGCCUUAUGGCACUUUGAUGGCAACCACAAACUCAUCAGAUGGCGAUUCGUAGUUCAUGGUUGCGUUGAUGGGUUCAGCCGAAUCCCAGUAUUCCUGUUUUGCCAUACAAAUAAUAGGGCGUCCACUGUGUUGCAGAGCUUCCUAAGUGCUGUUUCGCAGUGGGGAUUACCCUCGCGCGUUCGCAGUGAUAUGGGAGGUGAAAAUAUAGAUGUAGUCGAAUACAUGAUAAGCAGAAGAGGAACUGGCAGAGGUUCUGCGCUGGUUGGUAGAAGUGUCCACAAUCAACGUAUAGAACGUCUGUGGAGGGAUGUAUAUCGUGAUGUGUUGGAUACCUUUUAUGGUAUUUUUAUGUCCAUGGAAGAUAUUCGGAUAUUAGAUCCCAUUAAUGAAAUAGAUCUAUGGUGUUUGCAUUAUUGUUUCUGCAAUGUAAUUAAUAGAAAGUUGAAGUCUUGGGUGAAUGCUUGGAUAAGGCAUCCUUUAAGUAGCGAACACAAUCAAACUCCAUUACAAUUGUGGGUGAGAGGUCAAUUUGACAAUGCUGAACGAUUAAAUGUGGACCAGGUUAUGGUAUAUGACAAUUAUGGUAUUGACUGGGAUGGUCCUGCAAGUACCGAUGCUGAUACCGAAGAUGAUGUUCAUGUAUCAGAAACUAAUUGUCCGUUGUCUGAAGAUCAGUUGAAUCAGCUCAACGCCAUGUUUGAACAAAGUAGUCCAGAAAAUCCUAGUCCAUGGGAUUGUGUAAGAAUUUAUCAGCUUGUAAAAAACUUUACUUUGCAGUAUAUAUGA